GUGAGGCGGCUCCCGGGCGCUGCAAGUAGUUCGGGUGCAGGCCGAGCCGCAGCGCCUGAGCCGCACCGUCGACUCCGCUUCACGCCCGGGCUGUGCCGGGCCCGUAGCGGAUUGGAUUUCAUCUGCCUUGUGAGUGCACCUUGGAUUGUCUGGCGUGGAAUCCCUGUACUAAACACUGCGACUCUGGUUGUCGCCCAGUGGUUUUGGAUUACAGAUUACUAGCUGUUGUGGAGGACUGAUUCGGACAGGAUGACGUCAGAGCUGGAGAGCAGCCUGACGUCCAUGGACUGGCUGCCGCAGCUAACUAUGAGAGCGGCCAUCCAGAAAGCGGACGCUGCCCAGAGUGUGGCCGCUGGUGGUGGGGUGGCUAAGAAAAACUCUCUUCUGGACCCUAACACCACACUGGAUCAGGACACACAGAACAAAGAUGGCAAACCACCGUACAGUUAUGCUAGUCUCAUUACCUUCGCUAUCAACAGCUCCCCGAAGAAGAAAAUGACACUCAGUGAGAUAUACCAGUGGAUUUGUGAUAACUUCCCAUACUACAGAGAAGCUGGCAGCGGUUGGAAGAAUUCCAUUCGACACAAUUUAUCGUUAAACAAAUGUUUCCUGAAAGUGCCUCGGUCAAAGGAUGACCCGGGCAAGGGUUCAUACUGGGCCAUUGACACAAACCCAAAGGAGGAUACACUACCCACUCGGCCAAAGAAGAGGCCACGGUCCGGAGAAAGGGCCUCAACACCAUACAGUCUGGAUUCUGAACCUUUAGGAAUGGACUCCAUCAUCUCUGGAAGUGCCUCUCCAACCCUGGCAAUCAACACUGUGACUAACAAAGUAACACUAUACAACACGGAUCAGGACGGCAGUGAUAGUCCUCGCAGCAGCCUUAACAACAGCCUGUCUGACACGAGCCUUGCCUCUGUCACCCUGAACAGUGUUGGUUCCGUCCACAACUACGCACAGGUAACGAACCGGGCUGAUUCGGUCUCCCAGACUCUAACACCUCAGCAGCAGCAGCAACAGCAGUACAACAUGCCUGAGAGAGACAAUAAACCUCCCUUCUCAGAGUAUAACUUUGAAGAUCUGAGUGCCUCCUUCCGUAGCCUUUACAAAUCGGUCUUUGAGCAGUCUCUGAGUCAGCAGGGAAUGAUUAACCUGUCUUCUGAAGCGUCGCAACCAACCCACACGUCCUGUUCCUACCAGCACUCACCCAGCAGCACUGUCAGCACCCACCCCCACAGCGGCCAAAAUAGUCUGACCAAUAGCCAUGCCAGCAGCCUGGGAGGGGGAGGAGGGACGCAAGUGCAACUGGUGCCCCAUCAGCUCCACAUCCAGCACGCCCAUCACCAGCACCAUCAACACCAACACCCACAACACCAGCCAAACCAGCAGCACCAACAACAUCACCAGCAUCACCAUCAACAUCAACAGCAGCACAUGGCCUGUAAUAUUGGCAUUCCCUCUGACUGGUGCAUGAAUCUGGACACUCUGAAAGAGAGUUUCCGCAUCGCUAGCAGUUUCAACUGGUCGGAUGUGGAUCUCUCCCAGUUCCAAGGUCUGAUGGAGAGUAUGAGACAGGCGGAUCUCAAUAACUGGUCACUCGAUCCUGUUCAGUUUGCGGACUUGUGCUCUUCCCUAAACCAGUUCUUCACACAAACUGGUCUGAUCCAGUCACAAGGGAACAUGCAUCCCGUUUGUCACAGUACAAUGCACACGCAGAAACCAAACCAGCACAUCAGUACAGGGCAUCAAGCGGGAAUGAACCAGCAACAUUUGAUGUCACCUUCCAGCUUUCCAAUGCACAGACCGAUGCCCCAGCACCACAACCCUGCAGAUGACAUCCAGGACGAUUUCGACUGGGAUUCCAUUGUUUAAACUUUCUUCCCUCUUCCUGAAGGACAAGCCUUUUGGAAGCCCUUCCUGUGACAUGACUCAGACAUUCUUUUAGCUUCUUGCUUACUUGUGUCGGCCGAUGCUGGCUACAAUCGCUGGACUGACUGACUGACUGCCUGCCUGGACACAGCCGCCGUGACUGCACUAGAGAGCUGCACUUUUGGAAGGAAGGAAAGCAUGCCUUCUAUUCACAGUCACUACAGAAAUGUGGAGUUACCGGGGUCAGCUGCAGCGGUAACGAGCAACGAAGCAUUUUUUCUAAUUCUGAACAUUUUUUUUGUUUUCGUGUUUUUUUUUACAAACUGGGACCUGUGGGGAUUGGCAUCUCAAAUAAUGUCCCGUCUGGUUGGUGUGGUUCUGGUAUAAUGGGUUUGACAAAAGGAAGGUACUAUUCAGUCUGAUCUCGCUCCCUGUGAGUGGCAUCUUCUGGGCCCCACGUGCCAAUGUGCGGAGGAGGGAACAGAACAUGAAUAGGGAUAAUGAGGUGGUCUCCGCCGGAGUAGGCCAGGCACGCAGCUGGGAGAUGUCUUUUUGCGUAAACAAGUUUCUUUCGUGAGAAUUUUGAUUCGAUUUAAUGGUGCUGUGGGGAAAACAAAGCUCUCAAUUUUGUGCUGGAAAUCCAGUUGCUGUACCAGUCGCUGUGUUGCAAUCGAUACCCGAGAGACGACAUUCGAACACUGCAAAGGUGCUGUGUUAAGAGUCUGCAUGAAUUAGCAUUUGUGCCCGCACACCAGCUUCCAAGUCCAAAAGGUUGGAAUUCUCUCCCUGAAAUCCCGUCGGCUGCUGAGAAAAACGACGACUCAAGAAAGCAGCUAAAAUCAGGGCUAAGACAGUAGCUCCCACCCACGGCUGUGCAAAGUGUUGGUAUCGGUCGUCUCCCAUUGACUGAAAAAGGUAUUGUUCUCUCACAUUGAGCAUUAGUGACUAGAGUCAAAUAGUAAUCUCCUUCGCAAAUUCUGAGGCAUCUGUGGUCACCUAAAGGCACGCAAAACAGGUUACAGAGAGAGCAUGUAAGCUCUUCUGAAAUGUUGAGCAUCACUUUGGUUCUGCGAGUGCUCCAGUCACAGCUGGGGCUACUAUUCUCUUCUCUGCAGACUGGGAUGGGAGAGCACAUUGCCAGCACUAGAUGUGCAGCAGUGGGUUAAGUGACUCCGUCUGCUUCUCACACUUGUGUUGCAGCUCACCCCCAACCCCCACUUUUCAGAUUUUUUAAAAAGUUUGCAGGGAGAAGCAGUGCUUAACUGCAUUAUAGAGCAGUGCUGACUGGAUUAUUGCACCCACCCUCUUCCCCCGGUUUCCUCUUCUCUCUCUCCACCACCCUCACUCCCCACCCCUCUUCCACAUCUGUAGCAUCUGCUCUCUGCUUUAAUAGCGCUCUCAAAAUUGCUGCACCAUCUGUUGAUACACAAAUCUUUCUGCCCCUGCAUUUAGAGAUUUUAGGUCUUGAAUUGUGUUCAAAACCAAAUCUGCGACUGUCAUGUGAACCUCUGACCACAGUAUUGGGACAGGCGAUGGCUCUGUUUGCGUUGGUGCACGGCUUCAGCUGCUCCUAAGCUCUCUUCCUCCUCCUCCUCCUUGCUCGGCGUUGGGUUGAGUGGCAGGUUCAGAGUGCGUUUUAUAUUUUAUUUUGAAGCUGAUUUUUUUGGGCCCGGAACAUCAAUCCUUGUCCAGUCAUACAGGUCUGGUGGGCUGCCAGGCACUCAACUCGCUCUCCCUGCGCUGCCACCAAUUCUAGGUUUCUGCCACAAGAGACCGUGGGAACCUUUGUGUAACUCACUUGUGGCAGAAACCAGGCAUUGAACACUUUCAAUCACGCAAUAUCUGCUGAUCCAUUGUGACUGGAGGCAGAAAUAUUCUGCAGUUCCAGGUAUCAGACAGGGCAGCAGUGCAGGUUCUGACCCUGGCUUGUUGGCUUUCUGAACACUCUUUACACUAACUCAAGUCACCCCAUCGAACAUAUACUGACGUGCGGAAUAGAGCAGCGAAUGAAUUUGGGCUACUAGGCUGGCGUUUUGAGGACGCUAUUGAAAGCUGGGGUUAGAGGUAGAAUUUCUUACUGGGAAGCCUUUGCUAGAAGAAAUCAAUUUUCACCUUUUGAGUGGUGUGUUUGGGUUCAAAAUAACGGUGAGCUGAGAGGGAUGGGCUGGUGGGGAGUUUGGAAGGAUAAGAUCAAAUGGGCUAGAGAGCUUGCCUAUGCCUCUCUUAGAAAUAGAACAUUUAUAGACCGCGGAAAUCAGGGCCAAUUACCAUUAGAGCCAUUGGGUUUUAUUGAAUCUUCCCUGCAUCCAUUAAAUGAGAAAUCUUAUCUAAUCCCGAGCAAACUGAAGUCGCUAAAACAGCUCACGUUUCUGAAUUCCUGAGACUUCCAUCUCGUGCACUUUUUAAAAUCCACAUUUUUCCAUUUGAAAUUAAUCAUCUCUUUCAUUCAAAACAUCUGUGGUUCCUUAUUUCACUGCUUUAAUUCUUCAAAGCAUGUCUUUUGGCCCCACCUCUGUGUCUUGUCUCUCUCCACCAUCCUGCUUAUUUUUCAUCUGUCUUUUUAUGCCCUUUUUAGCAAGGAAGGCAGUGAUUUCACAAAGGAAAAAAAAGUUACCGUCCAAACUCAAGGCACUUGACAUGGUGCUUCCGUCUGUUUAACCUUCUCACUGGUGUUAACACAUUGACUGUACUGGGAGGAGGUGUACUGUUCACUCCAACAGCACGUCCCGAUUGUGUAGCAUCCAGUGAAUAAAAUGUGCAUGGAACAGAUUCAGUUCAGUAAAGGCUUUUUAUUCCAUAAUUCACGGCAGAUAACUGGCAGUAUGCUAUAUAUGGACUUGUAUCUUGUACUUUAACCAGAGAUAUAGAAUAAAUGAAUUAUUUAACAGAUAGUUUGGAUUCUUGUCCUCACAUGAUCUCAAAUGCUUCCAUGUGCAGUUCCGUGUGCUAGACAGUCAUUCUUGGGUUAUUCGUCAGCAAAUAAAUGCAGAUCACAUCCAUGCUCUUUCUUUUUAGAAACAGAAUUUAGUGAAACAGAGGGGUGAGUGCAAACAGCCAGUGCUGCCGGCGAAGAAGUGCUGGAAGCUGACGGCCAGUGACAGGUCACAGUGACAGGAUUAAGACAGACAGUCAAGUGACUGAGAUCAAACAGAAGUCGCUGGGAACACGCAGCAGGUCAGGCAGCAUCUAUGGAGAGAGGAAAUCUUCCCCUGGCGAGAUCAGAGAGGAUUGAGAGGCUGGUGGUAAUGAGUGCAGUUGAGUUCUGUUAGACAGACUGAAAAGAGUUGAGCCAGUUCUUACAGGCAGUUCUUCCUUCUCCGGGAGGGAAUAACCUUCACAAUCUGGCUCUUCCCAACGGAAUUAUCACCAAACGGAGGCAGAUACGGGCUUGCUUCAAACUGUUCCCCAAGGAUGAAAUGCACAUUUUGACCAUUGAGCGAGGGUUCCCUGAGCGCUGGGGCUGAGAUUGGAAGGUGUGGAGGGAGGUGCCGAAGAUUUGUUCCAAAGGAGAACUUACCUCAGCCAGUAAACUCUUGGUUUGAAUGUUGAGUGUCCCGAGUGAAGGGAGACUUGCGAGAAAAUCAGACUCCCGAGAAAAUGCCGUGAAAAUUCCAAGACCAGGGCCUAUUAUUUUACUGUUAAUAAGUAGCAGAAUUGUUACAUUAGCGAUUGUUGCUGCCAUUGAGUCAUUGCUUGAGGAGCACGAGAGGGUUUAAGUGGUGAAUGGUUCUUUUCCUCCUUGUUCAUUCUAUGCUGGUGGGUUUCAAGGGAUCUUUAGUUCAUCCACAGUGCAGUGGAUACUGGCUGCUGAUGUAGCUGUCCAUGUUGACCAGGACUGUUCUGUGCACUCAUUCCCAAACUACCAGUGUAGUGAAGAACCAGAUUUUUCUGUUCUAAAAAUCCUUGUGAUCAAUUUCUCUGGAUAUUUUGGAAAAUUAGUUAUUUUGGAAAAUGGCAUCCUUAUUUGAUGAGAGCAAACACGAGAGCUUGAUUAUUGGGGAUGUAGUGUGCGGUAUUUCUUAACGGAGAUUUCUUAAUGAGGAAUCCUCUUAGAAUUUCCAUUGAACGAUGAGAAAUUCUGCUCCGGAAGUAGAUUGAUUCCGUGUGGAUUCCUCUGGGCAAAACCGAUUUCUUAUCAAAGACGUUUAGGAUAUACAGCAAAUUAUCUCCAGUGUGUCAAACAAAGAUUACUUUAUUAACCUGAACCGGGAUGGGCAGAAGGCCAUGGCAUCAACUGUGCUUAUUUUAAAGUUUUUUUCUUAGUAAAAUAAUAAUAAUAAAGGUUGUAACAACGCCUCACGCAAUCUGGCCACAGAUUCUUACAAGAAACCAUUUCAGAAACAUUGUCAUUGAAUUUCCGAAGUGCUUGUGUGCAGGUUCCCAGGUUAUUUUUUAUCAAAGAUGGAAUGCGAGUUUUUUGAAAUACGAAUCUUUGGUAGUACCUGAUCUUGGGUUGUUUAAUAUAAGCCACUUCCCAUGCAGUGUGUCCAAGUGCCACUCACUGUGAGGCAGGAGGCAGUAGAAGCAAAUCCAACUCUUUCUAAGUAUAAAACGGUGCUGGCUUUCAAGGCACAUUUUAAAGAAGUAAAAAAAACAUUUUUAAAAAAAGUUUGAUGUGGUGUUUAUGUGCUUAACUGUAAAUAUAUUAUUUUUUGUCUUUGAAAUUGUCCUUUUAUUUUCUGGGGUGGGAAAAGGGGCACAGGGGAGAGAAUGGAGUUUUAUUAUAUAGAGGAAUACGAAGUAUUUUGAUAUUGUGGAUUCCCAGUGAUGUAUAUAUAUAUCUAUGAUGUAUAUAGUCUUGAAAUCAAUAUGAAUUUUUUGUGAACAGUACAUUUACCUGUACGGCUGCUCAGCAGUCAGUGACUCAGUGUUUGUAUGUUUUUUGUUAUUGCACGUUUUAUUAAUCUUGCUAAACCAAGAAAUGCACAGCUAUCAUUUGUAUCAGUUUACUGCUGUAAAGUAAGUGGUUGCUGCCAGUAGUGAUAUGCAUGGAUGGCCCUUACAAUAAACGCUGUCGCUUCUGUACAUGUU